AACAUAUGGUCAAAUUUUGUCAGCUCUGUACAUUUGAUUCGAUAAGACAUCACAAACGGUAUCUGUGUUAACCAGUCCGGCCAGACACAAUGAAAAUCCAUGCUUUGGCAUUGUGUGCUAUUUUGCAAUUUCCUUUCUGUUUGAGUCUGUCUGUAGAAAUUUUGAAGCCAAACAAUACCGGACCAGAAGCUGCACUAAUUAUCGUCCCUGGAGCGUAUAUUUCAGGAUCAGCAUAUAAACCUUUAGCCGAAGUUAUUCAGAAGAAGAGUAAUCUGAAAUUAUGGGUUGCCUUACUAGACGGAUUUUUUAAUAAACUUGCUAACCCACUACAGCUUCCUAUAGUAUUUAAAAAAGCUGUGAAUGAGUUACAAAAAGCAGGUUAUAAAGGGAAGAAAGUGUUCUUGGCUGGCCAUAGUCUUGGAGGUGAAGUUGCAGCCCUUUAUGGACAAAAAGCGAACCAUAUUUUAGAUGGAGUGUUGUUGUUCGCAUCUUACAUUACUAAGAACAACAAACUAAAAGAGUAUCCAUUCCCGGUUCUGACCAUAAGCGGUGACCUAGAUGGAUUAACUAGAAUAACAAGGAUCGUAGAUACAUUCGAGGAACUCCAAGAAGACGUAAAAAGCGACCCAGAGCAAAUAUACAGGACACCUGUAGUAGUAAUGGAGAGUAUAAAUCAUGGACAAUUCGCUUUGGGUCCGUUACCCAAACCUGUAACUGAUCAUGAUCUAAAUCCAGAGGUAUCUCAAUCUGUAGCAUAUAAUACCAUAGCUAAUUACUCGAACGCAUUCAUGGUAGUCGUCCGAAAUGAAACAGAUACCAAUGUAACUGAAGCUGAAAACAUCUUAGAAGACGGUCAUACGAAAACCGCUGCAAUGAUGCAGCCUCUCUCAAAAGUAAAAGCUCUUGAUCAAAACCCAGAUUUUACCUCACACUGGACUAACACUGCUCAAGAACUCGUUGUCAGUCUGAAAAAUAUAACAGAUGUUGAGGCCAAGUCUAUAGUCCAAUCUGGUGAUAAUACCAAUGACGCUCCACGGUAUGGUGUACAAGUCAUCACAUGA